UAUUUUGAAAGCAUUUUGAAAUUCUUAUCUAAAAAGUGACAAAACUGCUGGUUUUUAUAACAAUUUCAAACAAAAAAAGCUGGCAUAACUUCCAAUUUACAUCAAAUUAUAUAUCAUCUUUCAUGUUGACGCAAAACUUUUCCUGUUUUGUAAUCUUCAUCUUCUGCUCCUUCCUUAUUCUCAUAUUGACAGCCUAGUCAAGUGAAAGUAAAGAGGUUAUGUUAUGGUUGACUGUAGAACAACACGCAAUAUUGCAAGUUUGAAAAAUGGAACACAGUGUUUUCCACCGAAAUAUCAACUAAUUAAUGUGACGUGAUAAACCGUGUCGUCAAUUUCAAUUUGCAGCAUUCGUAACGAUGUCCGACCGGGUGACGGUCACCCGAUUUCAUCCAUACCACGGUGAAAACAUCCUCCUCACACACGACAACACAGUCGCAUAUCGUAAGAAAAGUUUCGCAAAUGCGCUCACAUUCAGCGAGAAACCACUCUUGCCUGGUGAAAUAUUUGUGAUUGAAAUCGAACAAAUCGAGAGCGGCUGGAGUGGUCAUCUGCGUAUUGGUCUUACCCAAUUAGACCCCGAUACGGUGUUCACAGACAAAGUGGAGCCGCGGUUUGCUCUGCCAGAUUUAUCCUCCAGAGGCACAACAUGGAUAUAUGGUAUUUCAAAGGCUUGGAAUCAUUUUUUCACGUAUGACCCCGGCUUUAAACUAAGCCCGCAUGAUAAUCGAAUCCGGACAUCCAGAGGCACAGUGCCACUGAGUUUAUUGAAACCUUCAAAACAAAUUCUACCAACAGAUAUCUACAGUAGGAUUGGUGUAAUGUACAUUCCAACAUCUGAUAGUCUAGCAAACAUGCAUUAUAUUAUCAAUGGGGAGGAUCAGGGAGCUUGUGUAACAAAGAUUCCCUACAGAGAAGCACCACUUUAUGUUGUGGUGGACGUGUAUGGGGCCACGAAAAAAGUACGGAUAAUUCAGUUGUACGGAGUGCGAAGUUUGCAAUCCGCGUGCAGGGAAGCUAUUUUGUUGCGCAUCACGCAGAAAGAUGUGCCGAACCUGCCUCUUCCUAAUGUUCUUAAAGAGUAUUUAUUAGAAGACCUGUAAGAUAUGUCGUUAUUAAUGUUUAACUUAAACAAGACUGUAAAAUAUUUGUUCUACAUACAUAUGAUAUAAUUUUAAAACUAUUGUUUUUUACAAUACUCAACUAGUUAUAACUGCAUACUUAUUUCAAUAUUUUUCUUGAUAUUAUAUGUACAAAUUUAUAUUUUGAUGAAAAAGGAAAUAAUUAGUGUAUAAAAGAAUUUUUAUCAAUAUAAAUGAGUGAAUCCUCUAUAUAA